AAUUAGGAAAAAUAAUUUAAGAAUUAUAACAUAUAACAUAUUCAGAGUUUUAACAUUUGGGUAUCAUGUAAUCUCAAGGAAAAGUUGAAGACAUAAAAUCAUCAACCGGUGGAAGUACUUCAAAAAUCCUCUCAAGUGCAUUCUUGCAGUCUAAAAUUGCAAGAAUCUUCUGUCAAUUGAAUGUCGCGAGAUGCAACAUAAUUAUGACAUUUUGUACAAGUAUGAGAUUUUGUAAAUUCUAAUCCGCUUUCACGUUGACACUGUCGAUGAAAGAGGAACACACAUUGAAAAGAACAAUGGAGAGUACUCAGUCGCUGUACAUCAGCCUCUUCAGCGAGGAAAAGAGCGAUGUCUUAAAGGAGCUGUUGCAUGCAUGCGUUGAUGAGAUCUGUGGUCGCCCAGGACCAUCAUAUCGCAAAUUCGCCAACAGCAUGGAUUGGAGUAGAGCGGAGUACGAAGGAGUUUACAAACUGAUAUCGUCAUUAUUACGAAAUCCUGCAUCUCUCUAUAUAAUAGAGGAAAAGAUGCCACAAGAAUACCAUGAGUUACCCGAGCAAGUGCAACAGAACAUUCUUACUUGCUUGAAAGUACGCAGGGAACAACUGACUGACGCUUUAUUGAGGGAACAUUACAAAAGAAAAUUGCCAACCGUGAUUGAUCACGAUUGGAGAUUGAAGUUGGUAAUGGGUUCGAGCAAGAUGGCCUCGUUAAGAGAAUCUCUACUUCAGUUAGAUCUCAUAAUAGAAGAUAAGGAAUCUCGGCAUAUCAUAAAUUUGGAACUGAAUAAAGAUGAGUUAGAUACGAUAAUAAACAGUUUAGAAAAGCUAGUAUAAGUUUUGAUAUUUUUACAAAGAAAAAGAAAUGUGUAUAUAAUUCUUAUAUAUGUAUUAAAAUAUGUACCAAUUAUAAGUUGUGCAGGACACAGGUUUCAUAAUGAUGAUGAAAUAAA